GAAAAAAAUAAAAUUAAUUAUGAAUGGGAUUGCAAAUUAUUGUAAUACAUUACAAUUAUAAAUCUAUAUUCGAACACGUGAAUAUUUAUCAGCUAUGUGUAUUCAACAAUAACAAAAAAAAAUGACUUUUACAAUCUAUCUUCUUCAAUGUGUUGCGUUUGUGGAUCUCCUGGCAGUGAGCUUGAUAGUUCCAUUGAUUGCCAGUCAUGUGAGGACCUUGGGUGCUGACCAUGUGUAUGUGGGUCUCAUGGGUUCUAUUUACUCUGGGUGUCAGCUGGCUUCAGGACCACUUCUUGGCAGUUUUAGUGAUCUUAAAGGGCGUAAAGUUGUACUGAUUGCUACAUUAUUAAUAUGUGGUCUGGCCUAUGCUGCUUUGGGUAUUACUAGUUCACUAGUUGUUAUACUAAUUAUACGAGCAAUUUUAGGCCUAUUUAAGCAGACACAAAUAUUGACAAAAGCUUUAGUGCCAGACUAUGAGCGGAGUGAAAAGAAACAGUCCGACAUUUAUGGCAAAAUGGCGGCCAUAUCUGGAGUUGGUAUGACUAUAGGCCCAGUUAUUGGAGGGCAUAUAGCAGAAGAUCAUCCGGAAGAAGCCUUUAAACUGGUUGCCACCGUUGUUGGAAUCUGCUUUAUUGCCAAUGCAGGUUUGGUGUAUUUAUUACCAAAAUCAAUAUCAGAAUUGCAACAGGCAAACAAACCAGUCAAAGAAAAAAUUACAUCAAAAGGAAUUGUACAUAAAAUAGUUAGUAGUUGUAAAGAAUCCGUUUUGGAGUUGUAUAAAAUAGAAUGGUCCAAAUAUGGGACCAUAUUUUUUUUCAAAGGAUUGCUUGGGUUUGCUAUGUCAUUAUACUAUUCAAAUUAUGUUUUGUAUUUAAAAAUCACUUAUGAAUUAACUCCCAAGUAUAUUGGGUAUAUUAUAUCAUUCCAGGGCAUAAUAGGAUCAAUUUGUAGUUAUUACAUGGGAUACAUAAAUAGCUUUUAUACAAAAGACAAAGAUUACAGUAUUAGAAACUUCCAUGUAUUUUUGGUUCUAUCUUUGUCAAUAUUAGGAUUGAUUAAUUCUUUUAAUAUUUAUAUGUAUGCUUUAUUUUUGAUACCUCUUGCAAUAGGUAAUGCUGUUGGUAGGUUAGUAACUUUGGAAAUGAUACUAAAGAGAAGCCAUAAUAAACACAGAGCUGCAUUAAUUGGAGCAUCUAACAGUGUGCGGUCUCUAUCUGGUGUAGUCGCCCCAAUGGUAGCAGGCUUUAUAGGACAGUACUACAGUGUACAGCAUGUUGUUUAUGUAACAUUUUUUGUGGUGUCUUUAGGUUCUCUUGCAAGUUAUAGGCACAAAAACAAAAGAAUAAAACAAGACUGAAGUUUUAAUAAAUCAUUUGUUAUGUUUAAA